AUAGUAUUGGACGUAAGCUAUAACAAUAUCAUCGGCCCUGUUCCUAAAAGCAUUGCGGGGUUAGUUCAUCCGGACCAGCUGAAUUUAGCACACAACACGCUGAGAGGAACCAUGCCGGACGGAAUCUGUGCGCUGCCUAAUCUGGUGAACCUUGCAAUUUCUUAUAAUUUUUUCUUUGAAGAAGAGGGGAUUUGUCAGAAUCUAACGUCUAGAGGUAUUGCGUUUGAUAAUAGUUGGAAUUGUAUUCCGGAUAGAGUUAAGCAGAGGACUUGGAAUGAAUGCCAGGACUUGAAGCAGCAUAAGGUAGACUGCUCAAAGGUCCAGUGCGGUAGCAGCGUCGGUGGUAGUGCAUUUCCAUGUCCCCUUGUCAUGGUACCUCCUGCUGCUGCUGCUGCUGCUGCACCUGUGCUUUCGAAUGCUCCAGUGAAAUGUGAAAUAAGGAUGUAAGAUGAGUUAGAAUCUAAGAAGGCGAAAAAAGGGCUUAAUAGAAAUGCUCACUAUACCAUACCAUAAUAAAUUUUAUAAGAUAAA